GCGCGUGAGAUCCACCGCUUAUAUACAUGCGAAAUAGGACGGAUUGAUUAGUAUACGAGUGAGAAAGUAUCACGGCAAAUUACCGAGAACCAGCUACCGCGAUGUAUGGUUCCUUAUCGUCGUUGGUGAUAUUUUUGGCAUUGUUCGGUGGCAAUAAUGCCGACAGAACUUGUAAUUGGGAGACAAACCUAGAACCGGGUAAAUCUUAUCCGUUGCAUAACCCUUGUUAUCCGAGCCGGUACAGACCUGGCUCAACGUGUAAGUGGGUAUUCAAGAGUAGAUGGAAUCAACGAGUGAACAUCCAAUGCCAUGAUGUGGCCAUGCCCUCUGCCCCGAGAUGCCGUGGCGACAGACUCGAAAUUCAAGAUGGAGUUGGACCUGUCCGCUCGUACUGUUCACUACAGCAAUUCCCUUACACUAGCCAGUAUUCACGAGUAACUGUUAAUUUGCGUACAUUCCCAAAUCGUGGGGGUGGUCGAUUCAGUUGUACGGUUCAAGCAGUAAAGCCUCGCACGUGUGAUUGUGGAAGACGAAAUACGCCCAAAAUCUACGGUGGAAAAGAGACCGGGGUGAACGAAUAUCCAUUCAUGGCCGCUUUAAUUGACGCACAAACCAGUGAGAUUUUCUGCGGUGGAACAAUUAUCAACCCGAGACAAGUGCUAACCGCGGCACAUUGCGUCAAAAACAAACGAGCGAAGACGUAUGGGGUCUUGGUCGGAGCACAUAAUCUGAAACGAGUUCAAGAUACACCAAAUGCAAAGUUCUUCUUGGCUGAGGAUUCACGCGUGCAUUGGAGCUACGAGGGACCAACCUCGGGUUUGGAUAUAGCGAUUGUUACAAUUAACGGUCAGUUCACGUUCAAUCAGGUCAUCGGCCCUGUUUGCCUUCCGUUCCGAUAUCUCGAGGAAUCAUUUACCAAAAGAUACACAAACAUUCUAGGGUGGGGCGCUGAUUCCUCUGUAAAUGGGCCCCUCAACGUUUUGAUGAAAGCAAUGGUCACCACAACCACACAAGCGACAUGCAGAGCGCAAUAUCCAGACACUUCGGAUCGUCAUAUUUGUACACAGGACCAACACAGAGAUUCUUGCCAAUUCGACAGUGGUGGCCCGCUGACGAUCCAAUUUCCGACAUCUGAAAGAGUCGUACAAAUUGGCAUAAUGAAUAGAGGACCAGGUUGCGGUCAGGGUGAAGCUGCUCUGAACCUUCGACAUGACAGUGGUGGUCCAUUGAUGUACCAACCUCCGGCGUCUCAGAAAAUCGUACAAAUCGGUACCAUGACAGAGGGAGUACUCUGUGUGCUAAUGAAAAAAAUAGCGGGGUUAACGUCGGUGUUGGAAGCGACCGUGACGGCAGAGGUUUGCUUUACGUGUGAGGGUAAACAGUCGGUAUACGGAGUCACUAUGUUGGGCAAGGUGAUGCAGCAAGGGUAG